GGCCGUUGAGCGCACCGUGAUCCCUUGCGGCACGGUCCGGGAACUUGGUGUACCUGACUGAAGGCGUGCGUCCUUGUAUUCCGCAGCGCAACAUGACCGCAACGUGGGCGCCUUCAAAGGCGGCCAGCAGCAAACGCCACCGCCAGGUGCGUCACGCUUCUUGCCCCCCGGCCCCAUCGCCCUGCUUUGGAGCCUUCUGGAGGAUCUGCGUGGCUUGCGCCUGCGCCGCAUGCUGCGGCACGCUCUGCACCAGGGGACCUGGCGGGCAGCAGCCGCCCUCGGCGUUCUAUGCCUGCUUUGUUGCACGCUGACAGAUUGUAGUGCGCUGCUGGCGCAGGUCGAUGCACGCCUGCACCUCUGCCGCGGCGGCGUCGUUGUGCUUGGCAAGAGAGCGUUCGAGCAGAGGCCUUGAGGCAGUGCAGCUUGGCGCCGGGCUUGCGCUUCGUGAUGCUCUUCUCGGCGUGCGCAAUCUGCGCGUUGAUGCUUACAGACGCCGCCGCUAUAGCCAACACGACGGCGCUGCCCGCGGCCCGGCUUGAUGGCUGCGCCCUUCUGGUGGCUCGUCGUCGUGCGCGCCGAGCCAGAGACGGCUCGGUGUGGCGCCGUCUGCGCAGCGCCGGAAAGAGCAAGCGCUACCUUGACGUGUUCGAGACGCC